UUACCGCUGUACAAGUUUUGUUUCCCCUAAUUUUGGUCCUUUCUUCUCUCUUUCGCCACUGAGCUUUGAAAUUCCCCGCGCCUGUCUCCUCCGAUUCUCAAUCUCGCUUCAUUCCAUCGUUGUUGUCACUAUUUCCGGUCACCGGAGCUUCCUCUGUUCACUUUAGUCCUUUUCCAAGACCAGGUUUACUGAGCUGUAAGCACUCGCCAUCAUGUCUAGGGAGGAUUAUAGUGACACACUUCGAGUACUUGUAGCGACUGAUUGCCACUUGGGCUAUAUGGAGAAGGAUGAAAUAAGGCGGCAUGAUUCGUUUAAGGCUUUUGAAGAGAUAUGUUCUAUAGCGGAGGAGAAACAGGUGGACUUCUUACUACUUGGCGGUGAUCUUUUUCAUGAGAAUAAACCUUCUAGAACGACACUAGUUAAAGCCAUUGAAAUUCUUCGUCGCCAUUGUCUCAAUGAUAAACCAGUGCAGUUUCAAGUAGUCAGCGACCAGACUGUAAAUUUUCAGAAUGCGUUUGGUCAUGUAAAUUAUGAGGAUCCACACUUCAAUGUAGGCUUGCCUGUGUUCAGUAUACAUGGAAACCAUGAUGAUCCAGCCGGAGUGGACAACCUUUCUGCAAUUGAUAUUCUUUCCGCAUGCAACCUUGUGAACUAUUUUGGAAAGAUGGUUCUUGGUGGUUCAGGUGUUGGCCAGAUUUCCCUCUACCCUAUACUUAUGAGGAAGGGUUCAACAACCGUGGCUCUCUACGGUUUAGGAAACAUCAGGGAUGAACGUCUCAAUAGAAUGUUUCAGACCCCACAUGCUGUCCAAUGGAUGAGGCCUGAAGUUCAAGAAGGAUGUGAUGUAUCUGACUGGUUCAACAUUUUGGUGCUUCAUCAAAAUAGGGUGAAAUCAAACCCCAAAAAUGCAAUAAGUGAGCACUUUCUUCCACGGUUCCUCGACUUCAUUGUGUGGGGCCAUGAGCAUGAAUGCCUUAUCGAUCCCCAGGAGGUAUCUGGAAUGGGCUUCCACAUCACACAACCAGGAUCAUCUGUGGCAACAUCACUUAUUGAUGGGGAAUCAAAGCCAAAGCAUGUUCUUCUUUUAGAAAUCAAGGGAAAUCAAUAUCGUCCUACGAAGAUACCUCUGACAUCUGUGAGGCCUUUUGAGUAUACAGAGAUUGUUUUAAAGGAUGAAGGUGAUAUUGAUCCCAAUGAUCAAAACUCAAUUCUUGAACACUUAGAUAAAGUGGUCAGAAAUCUAAUAGAGAAAGCCAGCAAAAAAGCUGUUAACAGAUCAGAUAUCAAACUCCCAUUGGUUCGAAUCAAGGUAGAUUACUCUGGAUUUAUGACGAUAAAUCCUCAAAGGUUUGGGCAGAAAUAUGUGGGAAAGGUUGCAAAUCCCCAGGACAUUUUAAUAUUUUCCAAGGCUUCUAAGAAGGGUCGGAGCGAAGCCAACAUCGAUGAUUCUGAGAGGCUUCGUCCAGAAGAACUGAACCAGCAAAAUAUAGAAGCUUUGGUUGCUGAAAACAACCUGAAAAUGGAGAUCCUUCCAGUUAACGAUCUGGAUGUUGCUCUUCACAAUUUUGUGAAUAAGGAUGAUAAACUAGCAUUCUACUCAUGUGUUCAGUACAAUCUUCAAGAGACUCGUGGUAAACUUGCAAAGGAUUCAGAUGCUCAGAAAAUUGAGGAAGAUGACUUGAUUCUUAAAGUGGGAGAGUGCUUAGAGGAACGCUUGAAAGAUAGGUCCACUCGACCCACUGGCUCUUCACAGUUUUUAUCCACUGGAUUGACAUCAGAGAAUUUGACGAAAAGAAGCAGUGGCAUCGCGAAUGCUUCGUUUAGUGAUGAUGAGGACACGACUCAGAUGUCUGGUUUAGCGCCUGCCACAAGAGGAAGGAGAGGUUCAUCCACUGCUAAUACAUCUCGUGGUAGAGCUAAAGCCCCAACCAGAGGAAGAGGCCGUGGUAAGGCCUCAAGUGCGAUGAAGCAGACCACUCUUGAUGGUUCUCUUGGUUUUCGCCAGUCUCAAAGAUCUGCUUCAGCUGCUGCGUCAGCUUCCUUCAAAAGUGCUUCCGCCAAUGAAGAAGAUGAUGUAGAUUCUCCUUCAAGUGAAGAAGCAGAGCCAGAACAUUUUAACAAACUUGACAGCACUUCGGAGGACGAUGAGAACACUAAAGGCAAAGGACGUAAAAGACCAGCUACUACUAAGAGAGGCAGAGGUAGAGGUUCUGGGACUUCAAAACGUGGUAGGAAAAACGAAAGCUCUUCUUCACUUCAUAGGCUACUCAGCAAAGACGAUGACGAGGACGAAGAUGAUGAAGACAUAGAAAAGAAGCUUAACAGAUCUCAGCCUCGGGUUACAAGGAACUACGGAGCUCUAAGAAGAUAAAUCCAUAUCAACCCUGAGGUCUGACAUCACAACGAAGCCUCAUCUAAUCUGUUUUUUCUAACGACCUCCCAAGCGACAUAACUUCUGAAGAAGAGAAACUAGCACAAAAAGGAGUGUAGCGGUACAGAGAGUUUUGUUUCUAUGCUCUGUUAAGGUUUUCCUGUUUAUGAAUGAGGCAAUAUAAUUAAUGAACUUCUCUUGUGGAGUUUUUGAGUGAUAACUUAAGUUACUAGGCCAUUUAUAUAAAUCCCUAAUUUACCUUUCAAUUUCAAUUAUAAAUGUGUUUGAGAUGUUAUAAAACUGAUUGCUUGUUGUAGUAAUUUUUUUA